AUGCAGAGUAGAUCGUCAUCAUUACAAUCAGAGAAUCUUUCUGGUACUCGCAAUCAACAAUGUAAUCAUUACAGACAUCAUAAACAUAGAGGACAUUUUGUUAGAUUACCGUAUUACAUUUUAUUAGUAGCAUUAUUCUUGUCUUUAUACUUUCUAGCGACAUCUCUAAUCAUGGAUGAUAAUUUAUUUGCAAAAAAUCAACCAGCUAAAGAUUUAGCCCAACAAAUAUUCAACAUAUUCGCAAUUGGAACAAUACUACUUGCAAUGAUCAUUGAUGUGAUACAAUUUUUCAUAAUUAAUAAAUAUCAAAAAUUAUGUACAAAAUGUUUAUUUUGUCUCAUAAUUAUAAGUUUUAUUUUAGCAAUGACUGCAGCAACAUUGGCUAAUGUUAAUUCACAAUUUUAUGGAACCAAAAAAAUACCUCAUCCAUCAACAUGUUUAUUAGCUGGGAGCGCAAUUACUUUCCUAACAUUUUUAAUCGCAAUUGUUCCUUGUCUUGAACGACAAUUCGAUUAAUUACAAUCAUUAAAGUUGAUGAUUAAUUUUACAGAAGAAAACAGAAACAGAUUUUAUUUUUUACACUAAACUAUCAUAUAUUCAAAAAUAUAAGUGAUUUAAUCAACAAAAA